UUCUCCUGACAUUAUCUAUUGAGCUGCAACGCAACCCAUCAAGCAAAAGUCAAUGGAUGAAGAAGCAGUCAAUCGUCCACUAGUCCUGGUUCAUCGACCACCAAACUUUCACUUCCCAUUCAGACACCGUUUAGCAACUCAAUUCAACCUUUUCGAUCCCUUUGACUCACCCGAUUCAACUCGCUCUUCCCUCCUUUGCCGCCAUGCCCACAACAUAAGGGUCCUCCUCUGCGUGGACCCCACACCCGUCUCCUCCGACCUCCUGUCUCUCCUUCCAGCCUUGGAACUCAUUGUGGGCUCCACGGUCGGCGUUGAUCACAUCAACCUCCCCAAAUGCCGGCGACGUGGCAUUACUGUUACUAAUGCUGGCGUUGCAUUCUCUGAGGAUGUCGCUGACUUAGCGGUUGGCCUCUUGAUCGAUGUUUUACGAAAAAUUUCUGCCAGUGACCGCUUCCUUCGAGCCUCCUCCUGGGCUAAAACCGGUGAUUACGCGCUGGGCUCUAAGUUAGGAGGAAAGCGAGUUGGGAUGGUGGGGAUGGGAAAGAUUGGCUCUGAAGUUGUAAAAAGACUUCAAGCCUUUGGCUGCAUCAUUUCUUACAACUCCAGAAGGAAGAAAUCAGCUAUCCCAUUCCCUUAUUACCCAGAUGUCUAUGAGCUUGCAGUGAACAGUGAUGUGCUUGUUGUUUGUUGUGCACUUACAGAAGAAACUCACCAUAUAAUCAACAAGGAUGUAAUGACAGCUUUGGGAAAGGAAGGAGUGAUAAUUAACGUUGGACGUGGGGCGCUCAUUGAUGAAAAGGAAAUGGUGAAGCUUUUGGUACGUGGUGAAAUUGGUGGUGUUGGUCUUGAUGUGUUUGAAAAUGAACCUCAUGUGCCAAAAGAGCUAUUUCAAUUGGAUAAGGUUCUGUUGUCUCCCCAUUGUGCAGUUGCUACUCCAGAAUGCUUUGACGCAUUGGAGGAGCUGAUUUUGUUUAACUUGAGGGCUUUCUUUGCAAAUAAACCCUUGUGGUCACUGGUCAAUCUUGAAUGAAGAGACUAUUCAUUUAGUUUAGUUUUUUUUGAGGUGCCUAUGCUACUUCAAGAAAGCAAAGAUAUUGUUUGUGAAAUUAGAACUGUAGCCUUAACUGAUAUUUGAAACUUAAAAGCCUGCAUCUCCUUCUUCGUUAAUUCUUCCUUAAGCUAAAACUAACACAGUAAGAUUUAGCUUGUUACAACAAUUAGUGUUAAGACGGGUACAUUUUUAAAAGAAAUAGAGAAGAUAGAAUAGAUCUUUGAAUCCAAAACCUUGAAUCUUAGAGGUUUUGUUAAGUUCUUUAUAUAUAUAUGUUUACAAGCAUGAUCAAGUGCAUGAUUGAAGGGAUUGUAAUCUUGUAAUUUACAUCUAUAAGGAUAUGUUGUCAUCCUUGUCUUUCAAUGUGAAUUUAGCUCUUAGUGAUAUGUUGGAUCCACAACUCGCAAUCUCAUAUCCACUAUGGAGGUUGCUUUUUCUUGCUUAGAUGCCAACCCAGAAUCUAGAUGAAACAUGCAGACUGUUUGUCAAAGAUUAUGCAAUUAAGCUUCUUGUUCUUCACCAGGUAAUCAUCACACACUAAACUAUGUGAGUGUACUGUGCUUUCAAAUUCCAUUCUUGGAAAGACAACAAGAUUUAUUCAUUCUUCUGUUAUAUACUUUGUUUCUUAAUAAUGUAAUAGUUAAUUGCCAGUUUCGAAGUUUCUUAUUU